AGAGAAAAAAAACCAAAAUGGCAGCCCGACUCUCCCAAAUCUCCUCCCACCUCAACUUCCCCUCCGGCCUCCUCGCCAACCAAGUAGCCAUCAUCACCGGCGCCGGCCAAGGCAUUGGAGCCGAGACGGCGAGACUGUUUGCCAACGAGGGUGCCAAGGUUGUUAUUGCUGAUAUUGACCAUGACAAAGCAAACGCAGUAGCCACCGCCAUCAACAGCGCAUCCCCCAACCGCGCCCUCGCUGUCCCCGGCGACGUGCUCAACGACGCAUACAUUGCCGAGCUGGUCAAAAAGGCCGCUGAGUUCGGAGACGGCAAGAUCCAUAUUAUCGUUAAUAAUGCGGGGUUUACGUGGGAUGGAGUUAUUCAUAAGAUGACAGACAAACAAUGGGACACAAUGCUCGCUAUCCACGGCACAGCGCCCUUCAAGCUCGUCCGCGCUGCGGCGCCCUACUUCCGCGUGAAAGACAAGGAGCCGCGGGUUAUUAUCAAUAUCAGCUCUACGUCUGGGAUUCAUGGGAAUGCGUUAGUCUUUCCCUUCAUUACCUCACCCUUGCCUUACCUUUGCCCUGUCUUUCCCUUACCCUUACCUUCCACCCUAAACCUACCCCCAUCUACAAUACUAACCACAAUGGUGAACGAUAGAGGCCAAGCAAACUACGCCCUCGCCAAAGCCGGCGUCGUCGGCCUGACCCGCACAAUCGCCAAAGAAUGGGGCCCUGCCUUCGGGGUGCGCUCCAACACCAUCGCCUUUGGCUUCGUGCAGACCCGUCUCACGGCCGCUAAAGAAGCCGGCGCAUUCAUCACCACGCCCGACGGGACGAAAGUCGCGCUCGGCAUCCCGGGGAAGCAGCUUGAUUCCCGCCGUGGUGGUGCUGUGCAGCAGGAGGCGAAGACGGCGGCGCCGGCGUACCCCGAUAUCCCGCUGGGACGGCCGGCGAGUCCCGAGGAGGCGGCGAGGUCGGUGUUGGGGGUUGCGAGUCCUUUGUUUAGUUAUGUUAGUGGGGAGACGAUUCGGGUUACGGGGGGGAGGAAUAUGUAGUUCUUCUCUUUUUUCUCUUCUUUCUCGGGGUUGAUUUGCUGGGGAGGCAGAGUUGUUUUGUGCAUUUGCUUGAGGGGUGUUGUUUGAUUGUUGUUGGUAUUUUUGAUAUCUGAGUGCAGUUGAUAUUUGAAUGCAAUUGAUAUCUGAGUGCAAUUGAUAUCGUAGGUAGUUGGUUAAUAUCCACGUGCACGAGCCGAAGACGUCGAUAUCACACCCAACAUGUCCUCUCAUGAGGUCGCACUCGAUAAUGCACAACGUAUAUGCAAUCCAUAGCUUUAUCGUAAAGUAUCAUACAGAGUAUCAAACAAAGUACCGUAUCAUAAGAUUAUAUCUCUGUAUCGUAAAAAUCCAGAACCAGAAUCUCCGUAACACU